ACCAACUUUCUUUUGCAGAUGGGAAUCCAAACGAUAGCGCUGAUAGCGUGGACGGUAUGGAUGGUUAUAGCAAGGGGCGUGGCGUCGGAGUGUAAUUAUUUCCAUGACAUAGCAGAACGUAAAAUUCGACAGAUCAAGGGGACUGAAAAAUUAUUGCUAGAGGUAACUGAUCCAAAAUACAGUGGAAAACGCAUAAGAAGGGGAGUACUUAAUUUCGUUGGUGAAAUUAGUAAGAUUCUUUUCGGAACUAUGGAUAAUGAUGAUGCUAAAUAUUACAAUGAGCAGAUACGACACUUUGAAGAAAAUUCUGAUAGCAUGACGAACCUGUUGAAACAACAGUUGUCUGUAGUAAAAUCCACUCUAGGGGCCAUAAACGAAACCCUCUCGGAUAUGGAGUACAAUGAGGAUGUCGUAAAGAGGGGACUAUCCCAAAUUAAGGCGUAUGUAGAAUCAGUGAUUUCAAAUACCACCCGAGUUACUGAUGCUUUGGCUGAUAAGAUUACGGUAGAAAGCCACAUUGCACGCGUGAAUGAGGCAUUGAAUACUUUACAAAGAAGCCUCGAUGUAGUGAUUGAUAGCAUUAUCAACGCGAGGAAGGGAAUUCUGCAACUGCAAGUGGUACCUCCCAGCCUCCUGAUGGAUGCCUUAACACGUAGUUUCCCGUCUUUUCCUAAGGAAACUAUGGCUCCCUUCCCCUUGAGCAAAGACUCUAUAAACUUACUGCUUAAAAUUUGUGAUAUACAUGUCUAUUUGAGUGAUGGUAUAUUGGGUUACGUGGUAGAGUUACCACUGGUGAACAGAGGAAAUUUUAAGAUACUCAAAAUGACUCCAAUACCAGUAGCUCUAGAAUUAAACAAGUUUCUGUACAUUGAUACAUCUGAAUCCAUGCUGUGCCUUGAUCAAGCAAGACAAUAUUACUUAAUGUUAAGCGAGGACGAGCUAAGGCAAUGUAAGACCAAGGACUCCAACUCAUAUGUGUGCAAACAAAAACAUCCUUUAAUGUCUAGCCAUGUACAUGAGUCUUGUUACAUUAGGCUACUGCAGUCAAAUGAGAGGAUCCCAAGGAGUUGUGAAACUAGAAUAGCGAAAUUAACUAAUACUGUAUGGGUACAGUUAAUGCAUAACGAAUUGAUAUAUUUCUCCCCUUCCAUAGACAGUGUAACAGUGCUAUGUGACGGGAAGGAACCUGCUGACGUGUUGCUUACAGGAGUGGGAAAAUUAAGUAUCAAUAGUGGGUGCAAAGGGUAUAGCACCUCGGCGUUGCUGCAAACCAGUUUUACUGUAGCCAGUAAUUCAUCUGUGAAAGGAGGAGACCUGCUCACGCAAGUCCCCCUCCGAUUUGAUUGUUGUGAGGAACUCAAUAUGAGGGUCAACCUUAGUAGCAUACAUUUAGAUAUGAAGUUCAAGCAAAUUGUUUCCCACUUAAAUGAUUUGAAAUAUGCUAGUUUCAAGGUUUCCGACCUAGAAAAGGAAAUACAGGAACAAGAAUGGAAAAACAAGCACAUCAGCAGCCAUAUGUCCUAUUCUGUAAUGGUAUAUAUUAUUUUUGCAAUUAAUGGUUUGUAUGCACUCUACAAACUGUAUAGGUAUGUAAGGAACCGCUGGUUACACGCCGGCAACCCCAGGACGACCACCGCGGCUAUGAAAGCAAUUACAGCAACAGAAUCUGGUGGAAUGGGGAACACUGUAAAUAUAAACAUCAAGACAAGUAAUGAGAGCUUGGUCGCAAGCCCCGAAACAAUUCCCCUCCAAGGAUCUACCCAAUCCUUGCAGGACGAAACCCCUACCCAGAGGUCCCUCGGACCCCGGCUAGCUAAAUCCUAUUUCUAAGGACCCAUUGAAGUGUAAAUGGUCCUUCCACUUAACGGGGGAGGUGUUGUAUAUGCGUUAUUGUUGUAUAAGAACUAUUUCAUUUGGUAAAGGUGUUGUAUACGCUAUGUUAUUUCAUUAGCAUUUACUCUUAAUAUGUUAUUUCAUUAGCAUUUAACUUUAAUACAAAUGUAACAGAAAUGGUAGCGACACAUGAGGACGCAAGCAGGCAGUCGAGAUAACCAGGGUGUCAGACACGUGACCUCCGUCUUAGGCAGCUGUGUGGCUGCUAAAAAGCACGUACAAAAUAGGGUCCAGGGAGAGAAGCCCACACAAAAAAGAGGCGAGACAUAAGCAAGUAAACUAACAGAGCUCUGCUCUGAAAUAUUCCUUACGACUGGUGGUGUUAUUAAAACAAAGAAUGAAAACAGUCUGAUGCAGACGGAGCGAGAGACUAGUCGUUGACCGAGAUAGCGGCUAGGUAGAGCCAAGACAGCCUUCCCUCCCUGGAACCCUAGCUAUCAGUCCUCAGGUGUAGCGUACAUGUGUAAUCUACAGAAAUUAGUUAAUAAACUCAAUUUGCUGAUUA